AUGAGUCACUUGAUUAUGUUUCGCCUUCCCAGGGACAUGAUAUAUCUCAUUCUAUUCUGUACUAUUCUUGCGUGCUUUCCAGUCGCACCUGAGUCGGAUACUCCAAAGACCAGUAGUUCCCAGCCUCUUAUAACCGACGAGAAAAUGAAAGGAUUUGGAGCGCUCGUGCAGAUAAUUAAUGAGCUUUCUCAGCCGGAACCCAACGGCGUAUCAAAUAAUUCCUUGAAUGAAUCGACGCAUCCAGUGAUUGACUUGAACGAGUAUAUAAUGAAACAAGACGCAGCUCCUAAGAAUAAGACGAAAGAACCUGAAAUCGUCGAAGUCCAGUUGGAUAGCCAUCAAGUGAGGAGAACUGACGAGUAA